AUGUCAAGUCUUAAAUUCAUCAUGGAUGUGGACGUGGACCACGAAGAUCCGCAUCGCGAUAAAAAGGCUGCGGAAUCCUUCGCCACCACCUCCGGGACCCGUGUUCCUGAUCCUUCGGCAUAUCAAAGACAAGCCUCCCCAUCAGGACAAGGAAAUCUCGGUACCACAAGUCCACCACUGAUACCGGUAACAAGAUCAAUAACAUCAACAGCAACGACAGCUACGACCAGAUCCUAUACGUCUCCGACUGCGAUAUCAGCCAUCAUAGAAGGGCCACCACCACCAGCACCACCACCGCGAACACAGCUCAGGACAAUCACGCUCCCCUCAAGACAGUUGUCUGCCGAGGCAGGAUCGUACCAAACUGGCUCAUCCGAUAGUCAGUCAGGGCCCACGGAAGCGACCUCGUUGUCCGCAAGGCCUGCGGCCCUGCGCCGCCACAGCACCACAAGCGCCAGAACGAUGGACCAACAUAGCUACUCCCCUUUGUCUCCCAUGAGGAUGGGAGCGAGAGGAGGACCUGGGCGCGCCGCCAGUCUGGGUGGGUUUGUUGACAGCUCUGGUCAGGCGUCGUCGAGUGUUCCGAACCGACCACUGCAGCCACAAACCCACUUGGAAUCGCCCAUCAGAUUGACCCCCAUUACCGGGCGCAUCAGCCGCGCCAGGAAGGGCCAACCUGUUCACGUGUGUGAUAUUUGCAGACCGGCAAAGACAUUUACAAGAGCUGAGCACCUAAGACGGCAUCAGCUCGGACAUGGAACCCCGCAGUUCCCCUGCUUGGUUCCAGGAUGUGAUCGUGCUUUUCAUCGGGCAGACCUGCUUGUACGACAUCAGCAGAAACACCAGGAAGGUGAUUCGGCACCGACACCAUCCCGCCCAAACAGGGACCAGUCGCCAUCUGGAGGGCCUGGUAGACGAGCAACUACAUAUCCUGCAAACACUUCAAAUGUGACUCUGCGCCAGGGACCUUCCUCCGGGGCCUCUCAAACCACAUCCGGAUCAGGCUCGGGACCAGGAGCACCUACCGAGGCAGCACCCAAUGACACGCCUUCAACGCCAAAUAUCAAUCAUACCAGGCUGCAUCACGCCUUUGACAGCAGUCCGGCUGGUAACCCGAACUCUCAAGCUUCGCCGUUUGACGUUUCCAAGCGCUUUAGCAUCGAUGCGGGACCGCGACGUAUUUCCCAGGAUUUCAACUCGGCCUAUACCCUGUCACCCUCGGCUCAAGACAACCCAACGAUACGCUAUACGACAGUACCCACAACUUAUGAUCCCGUGCCCUCACAGAUUUCUUUCAACCCUGUGAAUUAUCAGGCACCCCGUGAAGCGCGACAGCUUUGUGUGGUCACAGAAGGUCUUUCGGGCCCAUCCUCGUCCCUCCAUGUCCCUGAUGCCGGGAUACCCGAUCUCUCCUUGUCUCCGAUGUAUCAGUCUUCGACAGAUGGUAGCACAUAUUCUACUCCUUCGGACCCUCGAGCUCUGAAUGCUCCUUGGGCAGUACCAAGACAAAGCUCCCCUCAAAUGUACCCUGCGCUUAGUGUCGAAACGACAUCCUCUGGCCCCUGGACAACUCCCUAUGUCUACAGUCAAGGACAAACUUCGCCCAGCUCCAUUGUGAGCCCGCCCAUGUUUUCGGCUUAUUCCGAGUUUGGUCAUCCGUAUGGCAGUUUUAUUGAUGAGUCGAUUGGUCCUUACCCGGCCAUGAACCAAGCGGACCACUUGCAAUUAGCAAUGGAUGAAAACUCCACACGGGCGUCCAAUUUCCCUCGCGGCAACGAAAGUCAAGGCGAUUCCUUGCCUUCUGGGGUUGAAAUACGCAACAGGUCGCUCAUGGGCGGUCUUGUCGCUCCAGUGCCGGUCAUGCCUGCGGAUCAUGUGGGGAUGAAUUCGGGCUUCGUUCGUCAAAAGCCAAUGAUGACGGUGGCUCCUAGUCCAAGCAUCACCGCCAGCUCGGGUGGUGGCGGCUUUUCAUCUUCUCACGGAACGGGAUUUGGUUUUGGGAGCGGAGACGAUGGUAGUGUCGGGCCAAAUGGGUUUGCCAACUCUCGGAUCCGAAGCGGCUGUGCAAGCGGCCCCAUCUCUCUGACCAGCCCGCUCCCGCGACAUAUACACAAUGCCAUGCCGACAUACGAAGAUGUUUACUGGGACAACCUUGACCCGGAGUACCCGUUUAUUCACCGGCGCAUGUCGGACGAGGCUGGCGACGACGUUUUGCGAUCGGCCAUGGCGGCGGUUGGAGCCCAGUGCCUGGAUGGACUGGAGCAUCGCGUGAGGAGUAACAUUCUCCACAAGCACGCAUGGGAGGAAGUGAGGAGGAUACCAAAGUGGAACCUCCAGACAAUGCAGGCGAUACUCUUGUGCGAGUACCUCGCUCGUUUCAGGGGCAAACGCCUUAUCCAUCAACCCUCGAAACCGUUCGAGAAUCUGUAUUCGAGGCGAUGCUCAGACCAGUUUCAGGCAAUCAAUCAGGUCCACUCUCUCUUCGACGCUGCUCUCACGGCCCAGAGCAACCCCCAACUUUCAGCACAAAAUCGCUGGCGCAAUUGGUUGGCCAAGGAAUCCUAUAGACGACUCGCCAGCUCCUGCUUCGUUCUGGACAUCCAUGCCUCACUUUAUCACCAGACCUCGCGCACCCGAGACUUCAACAUGUUGGAGGUAGGCAGCGCCCCGCCUCUCACUUUUACCGGUCCGAGCCAGGACCUCUGGGAUGCCAGAUCCGCCGAGGAAUGGGAUGCAAUUCUUAACUCUAAUCCUGCCGCCGGCACUCCCAUGCCAAUGCCUCCCUCGGAGACCGUUGCCGCCAUGCUACCCGAGGAUGGGAGUAGCAUGGCUGCAAGGAACGGACCACAGAGGUCGUUUGACCAGUUUCUUAUCCUGGCAACCGAGACUUUACGCCUUCCCAAACGCGUCUUGGGCAGGGGUUUGUCAGAUCACACGCUGUUGGCUACUGGUUCUGAUCAGUUCACCACCCAACUUGUCUCGUAUUCGGCAGCCUUUCAGGUCGAGGAUCGUAUUGCGAAACUGUUUCGAUACUCUCCCAUUGCGAACACUUACCUGGCUCUUCACCAUACGCCACUCCACGAGCUUCUGGCCGUCACCGGCUCUCCAGGAAACUUUCAUCACAAGAACCUUCCUUAUCAACAGGGCCGCAUUCGACAGUGGACUGCAUCCCUGAAGACUCUCGACUCAAACUUCUCAAAGACAGCAGGUCACUUUGACAAGUCGGCACUACGAGCAGUUGUAUAUGCCACCAGGGCACUCGCUGAAUUCCUGUCCAACUCAUCUACUGUCAAAUCUACAGUCGGUGCCUUCACCGACUACUGGGGAAUAUUUGUUUGCACGUUGAUCUGCUGGGCAUGCCGUACCAGAGCAGCGGCGGCAGUCGACGGCAGCAUCGGCGACCGUCCUAUCGCGACUUCCGAGCAAGAGGCUCGCGAAUGGUUGCAUUUGACGGCAUCACUGCAGCCGACGGAUGAUGCGGCUAUCAACACUCUAGUCCAGGAUGGUCGAUGGGCUGGAGUCAUCGACCUAGCACGUCGUCAGAUCGAGCAAGACUGCAGCGCCAGAAGCUCGGGAAACAUCAUUGCCGAUGUCUUGGCCGUCUUGAAAAGACUUGACGGGGAUCGGCGCAAGAUGUUCUGA